UCCCUGCCGCAAGCCUGAGCUCGAGCGGCGCGGCGUUUACCUCUCGAAUUACCUCGGCCUUUUACUCUUGCGCUGCAUUAUGUAGACGUGUGCGAGAGGUGGGCGGUUAGGAGCGGCUCUUGUCGUCGAGCGGAAUGGCUACUACAGCGGAACUGUUCGAGGAACCUUUUGAUGUUGAUGAGUACAUUGAGCGGCUGGCAUGGAGAACACCGGGUGGAGGUUCGAAAGGAGGAGCAGAAGCAUUUGAUCCAACAAGACUUUUAGAGGAGUUUGUCAGCCACAUUGAAGAGCUGAAGAUGCUGGAUGAACGCAUUCAGAGAAGAGUGGAGAAAUUGGAGCAACAGUGCCAGAAGGAAGCCAAGGAGUUUGCUCGGAAGGUGCAGGAGUUGCAGAAGAGCAACCAGGUUGCUUUUCAACAUUUCCAGGAGCUGGAUGAACAUAUCAGCUAUGUAGCAACGAAGGUCUGUCACCUUGGAGACCAGCUGGAGGGGGUAAAUACACCACGGCAACGGGCUGUGGAGGCACAGAAACUGAUGAAAUACUUUAAUGAGUUUCUGGAUGGAGAGCUGAAGUCUGAUGUUUUUACAAAUCCAGAAAAGAUUAAGGAAGCAGCUGAUAUCAUUCAGAAACUACACCUGAUUGCUCAAGAAUUACCCUUUGACAGAUUUGCUGAAGUGAAGUCUAAAAUUGCAAGUAAAUAUCAUGACUUGGAAUGCCAAUUGAUUCAGGAGUUUACUAAUGCACAGAGGAGAAGUGAAAUUUCCAGGAUGCGUGAAGUUGCAGCAGUUUUACUUCAUUUUAAGGGAUACUCUCACUGUGUAGACGUGUACAUAAAACAGUGCCAGGAGGGUGUGUAUUUGAGGAAUGAUUUGUUUGAAGAUGCAGCUAUAUUAUGCCAACGAGUAAACAAAGAAGUCCGGGAAGUUUUCAGCAGCCCGGAGAAUGUGAUGGCCAAACUUAUACAGAACAUUUUUGAGAUUAAACUUCAGAGUUUUGUCAAAGAUCAAUUAGAAGAAUGUAAAAGGACUGAUAGGUCUGAUACAGAACAAUACUUAAAAAGUCUUUAUGAUCUAUAUACAAGGUCUACAAGCUUAGCCAACAAAAUAGCAGAGUUUGACCUUGGCACUGAUAAACAGACCUUCCUGGCUAAGAUGAUCAAAGGCAUUUUUGUCUCUUACCUGGAAAAUUAUAUAGAAAUUGAGAUCAGCUAUUUGAAAAGCAGAAGUAGUAUGAUUUUGCACCGUUAUUAUGAUUCCAAAAAUCAUCAAAAGCGAUCGUAUGGCACUGGAGGGAUUCAGGAUUUAAAAGAGAGAAUUCGCCAACGUACAAAUUUACCCCUGGGGCCAAGUAUUGAGACACAUGGUGAGACCUUCUUGUCACAGGAGGUAGUGGUUAAUCUUUUGCAGGAGACGAGACAGGCCUUUGAGAGAUGUCACAGGCUGUCAGAUCCUUCUGAUUUACCAAAGAAUGCAUUCCGAAUAUUUACAGUUCUUGUGGAAUACUUGUGUGUUGAGCAUAUUGACUAUGCCCUGGAGAUUGGUCUUGCAGCGAUCCCGUCUACAGACUCGAAGAAUGCAAAUCUUUACUUUUUAGAUGUAGUGCAACAAGCAAAUACCAUUUUUCAUUUGUUUGACAAACAGUUCAAUGAUCAUCUUAUGCCACUAAUAAGCUCGUCUCCAAAAUUGACUGAGUGCCUGCAGAAGAAGAAAGAGGUGAUUGAACAGAUGGAAGUUAAAUUGGAUACAGGCAUUGACAGGACGUUGAACUGCAUGAAUGGGCAAAUGAAGCACAUCCUUGGUGCUGAACAGAGAAAGACCGACUUUAAACCGGAAGAUGAAAACAAUGUGCUAAUUCAGUAUACCAAUGCUUGUGUCAAAGUCUGUGGCUAUGUCGGAAAGCAAGUAGAAAAAAUCCGAACUUCAAUGGAUGGAAAGAAUGUCGAUACUGUUCUCACAGAAUUUGGAGUUCGAUUCCAUCGCCUAAUACAUGAGCACCUUCAACAAUAUACAUACAGUUCGAUGGGUGGCAUGCUUGCUAUCUGUGACGUAGCUGAAUAUCGGAAGUGCGCCAAAGUGUUUAAGAUCCCCUUGGUGUUGCAACUUUUUGACACGCUACAUGCACUCUGUAAUCUUCUGGUAGUAGCACCUGACAACCUUAAGCAGGUCUGCUCUGGAGAGCAACUGACUAAUCUUGACAGGCACAUCCUUCAUGCCUUUGUGCAGUUGCGGGCCGACUACAGAUCAGCACGCCUUGGUCGUCACUUCAGCUGAAAAGCCUUGAUUUCUUUUUGAAAUAAUGUGGUGUUAUUGCUUGGGUUCUGGAUGGCUCAGGCAUUUAGGCCCUGUUACAUGGCCAUUGAAAGCAAAGUUGACGGGGAUAUAUUUGUGGUUGUUCACUAAAAAAUAAACAGCCGUUACUGAACUAUGUUUCAUUGAGAAACAGAGGCUGAGUUAAUCCAAGCUAAAAUGAGUAACAGUUUUGCACAAUUUAUUGUCUUAACAGUAAAUUAUCUGGAACGGAACAUGUCUGAAACUGCUAACCUUAACUCAGAUGCUGCAUCCAUUACAAGAUUCAUGUUCACAAUAAAAAUUAAAUCAGGGAGGUUGUUGAAGCACUGAAUAUUACAUUUAAAGUUAAGUUCUAUAAGCGCAACUUGUUUGAGGAGAGAAUGUACAGUGUUUUAUCCAGGUAUAAUGGAUUCACUUCUUACUGUACACAGAUAUAACACUAGAUAAAUAGAACCGUAGCUAUUUCUACAGCUUUUUGAUUACAUAGCAGCAGGUAUUUCUGCAAGUGGAACACAGUUAUUGCUUCAUGGUAUGUUUUGUUCUGAUAUGGAGGUGCAGUAUAGGAGGGUUAUGCCAUUCCUCUGUGGAUUAACUGAGCAACUUUAGUAUUAAUAAGCUACUGCAAAUAGUAUCCUAGUAAUAAAUACAUGCUGUAUUGCCAUUAACCGGUAUUGAGUUUAUUGUUCUACACUGCUGGCAGUAGCAUAAUACCUUUAAUGAACAGAAAUGAAAUAACUCUUGCAGAAUUAAGCACUCCAAAAGUCCACUGCCCUUGUAGCUUGUGGGGACUUUUUUCCCCUUUUCCUCGAGGGUGGAGACAAGUUUUAAUCUCUGGUAUGAGGUCCGACUCCUAUUCCCAUCAAAAUACCAGUAAAUGUUUUUUUAACAUAAAAUCUCCAAAACUGUGUUUACUACUUUAAAUAUUAAUAACCGCUUUGUUAAUUCAGUGAAGGAAUAUUGGACAUCAGUGUGUGACGCUGGUACAAGUAGAAUGGGUUAAUAAUUUUUACAGUUUGUACCAUUCUUUUUCAUGUUCUAUGAAAUCUUAAUUAUUAUUUCUGAAAGGUUGGUAUUUGAUGUAAUUAUUUUUCUUUGCAUAUUCCAUGCAAUAUGUCUACUUGAAGAUGAAAAGGAUGGAAAAGGUAAAUGGUGGGAAAAUGUAAACUUCCACUGGUGAUAAAAUUGUAAACAUCGCUUCAUUAUUAAACUGCAAGUACCCUGUGCA